ACACUCCGUCAUAGUUGGGAUGCCCAACGCCACUUCUGCAUGAGCGUUGGAGAGGCUGGGAUCUGGCAUGCAUUGAUUGCUAAAGAUGUGAAAAUGGCGGAGUUACAAAUGCUUUUGGAAGAGGAGAUUCCAGCUGGACGUAGUGCUUUAUUAGAUAGUUUUACCAAUUUGGAAAGAGUUGCCGAGUAUUGCGAAAGCAACUAUGUUCAGUCACCAGAUAAGCACAGAGCGUUGGAGGAGACUAAGAACUACACCACCCAGUCUCUGGCCAGCGUAGCCUACCUGAUCAACACCUUGGCCAACAAUGUCCUGCAGAUGCUUGACAUUCAGGCCUCCCAGCUCCGCCGCAUGGAGUCCUCCAUCAACCACAUCUCACAGACAGUGGACAUCCACAAAGAGAAAGUGGCCAGGCGGGAGAUUGGCAUCCUGACCACCAAUAAGAACACCUCUCGCACACAUAAGAUCAUUGCUCCGGCCAAUCCAGAGAGGCCGGUGCGCUACAUCCGCAAGCCAAUCGACUACAGCCUGCUGGAUGACAUGGGCCACGGAGUCAAGUGGUUGCUAAGGUUUAAGGCCAGUGCUCAGAACAUGAAGGCCGGAGCCACAGGUCUCCCUCGCACCAAUCCACCCACACAGAAGCCGCCAAGCCCACCCAUGUCAGGGAAGGGAACCAUUGGGCGCCACUCCCCCUAUAGGACACUCGAGCCGGUGCGUCCUCCCGUUGUCCCUAACGACUACGUCUCGAGCCCGACGCGCCAUGGCAACAUGGCGCCCCCACAGCAGAGCCCUGCACGCACUGCGUCUGUUAAUCAGAGGAACCGCACGUACAGCAGUGGCAGCAGUGGAGGCAGCCACCCCAGCAGCAGCAGCCGCAGCAGCAGCAGAGAGAAUAGCGGCAGCGGCUCCGUGGGCUUGCCUAUCGCCGUGCCAACGCCUGCCCCGCCCCCCACAGCAUUCCCAGGUACUGCCCCUGCCCUUCCCAACCCUGCUAAGCCACCUCCCACUACCACUACUACUCCCGUCCCAUCUGAUGGCCUCCCUGUACUCUCUCUAGCUCCUAAUCCCUCCCCCACCCCCCCACCCGAGGGUCCACCCGUUCCCCCUCCCCCACCCCAGCUCCCCAUUUCCGUCACUAGCACCAGCCCUGCUACUUUCAGCACUCCCGCACAAGGUGCCCCCCAGUUCUUCAGCAUGAACCGGCCGGUGCAACCACAGAACCCUCCUGCGGUGGGGGGGUCUCUGCCAUACCGCCGGCCCGCAUCAUUGACGGGCCAGCCCAACUCCAACAUGGCCCUGAACCAGCCCCAGCCCAACGGAGGACCCCACUUCAACCAGGUCCCAGCAGGUCCUCUUGUUGCCCCCCCUCCCCCCUCCAUGCAGAUCACUCCUCAGCUCCCUCUGAUGGGCUUUGUGGCUCGGGUACAGGAGACCAAAUUCUGUUUGUCUUCAUACACUUUCAGCAUGGAUACCCAAACAACCACUCCAGCCCUCCGCCACAUGCAUGGGAAUGCCAGUGUCAAUCCACAUGUCUACAUUCCACUGGUUGAAGAAGCUGUGUUUGAGGAACCCACCCCGCCCCCUCCAGAGGACUAUGAGGAUGAUGAUGAGGAGGAAGAAGAGUCGGCCGUGGUGGAAUACAGUGAUCCCUAUGCAGAGGAGGACCCCCCGUGGGCCCCACGCACCUACAUGGAGAAAGUGGUGGCGAUCUACGACUACGCGGCGGACAAGGAGGACGAGCUAUCCUUCAACGAGGGCGCUAUCAUCUACGUCAUCAAGAAGAACGACGACGGCUGGUACGAAGGAACGAUGAGUGGCACCACCGGCCUCUUCCCCGGAAACUACGUCGAGUCCAUCAUGCACUAUGCCGACUGAGGAAGAGGAGAGGUUAUAGGAAGGUCAAAGACUUUGUUAGGCAGAGCAUGAUCACAUUGAGGAAGUGACAAGCGUUCAUGAAGAGUAUACAACUAUCCUCAACCGGUCUACCAGAUGAAGUACAUUGUACAACGGCCACUUGUAGAUAUUUCCUGUGUUUUUGAAUGACGAGACUUUAUGGUGGGGGGUUUUUGUAUGUACUAUUAGGGCUUCAUUUUGUCUUUACUAUUAUUACAAGGAAGGCUACAAAUAUUAUUGCGAUUUGAAAAAAAAAAAAAUCUUAUUUCCUUUUGCCUUUAUUUAUGUGGACCAUGUAUUAUAUAGGGAGGGAUAGUACGGUGGCCAGGGCUGCUGAUUAAGGAUAGAAAUAGAUCCUAAUGAAGUUCUCUACUCUCAGCCCAAGAGAAGACGCAAGAUGAGAUGAGAAUGCUUCUUUUUUUUUGACACUCCCCGAGCCUUUCUAGACUCAUAUUUAUUUAAAACCAGGAACAGCUCCUAUUGGUUAGUGGGAUUAGGAGAUGGAUUGUUGCGCUUGAACUUUAUACAAUGUCCCGUUAGGCGAGAAGACAAGCACAUACUGUACGUCUACAUUUGACUAUAACAGCUAGAUAUUAGUGGUGGGUAAGACUGGGGGAAAAAAAGACUGAAACUGAUUUGUUUUCAGCUCACCUGAACACCCAUUUUGAAACUCUUCAGUUUGGAUUCAGUAGGAAUUGAAUUGGUUCUGGCCCAAGGCUAGCUAGGGCAGCUUAGAACACGAGGGCUUGGAGCAUGCUCAGUCACUACUUCACUUGCCUCACUUCACAGGCCAGAUGGGUAGAGCAGUGUUUCUCAACCUUGUGGUCAGUUCUAGUUUUAAUUGAAGACGUUGGCUUCCAUGGCACAAAACAAGUUUGAGUCUUAAGUCUCUUCCUUACCUUGUAAUCAAGACAGAAUAGAUUGACUUUGACUGUCUGGGAGUCUCUUUUAGGAAGAUAACUCUGACCACUCAUUUGCAUCAACGAUUUCAAUAUUUGAUUCUUAUUGUAGUGGGUCUUCACCAAAGCGUGGCAGACGGCAUGCUUUUGAAAAAACAAACAUUCAAUAGUCUCCUUUUCUGCUAUAUUAUUCCUGUCUUAAUAUUUUAGAUAUGGUGUGGUUAUUGGUUUGGUUUUAAAUAUUCACCCAUAUUACCAUCGUUGACAGGUGGGGUUUCAUGAUGCAUUUAUAGGUGAUAAAGGAAGCUUGUGCCAUAUUGAAGUGUGCGUGUGUAGGUGUCACUUCCAUUUGCAAUAAAAUUUUAAAAAGACCAGUGGGAUGGGUUUGAAAAUGUAGAUCUUUAAAUUGUUUGGGAUUGAAAGCACAUUGUUACUGAAAUAACAUUUAAAAUAAGCUGUAUUACUGCCUCAGAUGAGGACUAAUAUUAAAGUGAGCCGUUGUAGAAAUUAUCCAACAAACCGGCACCAAAACCUUUCAAUGACUCCAUGCUGAAACUGAUGCAUUGAGUGUGUUUAUAUAGUCUCUAGAGGUACAAGUAUUAUUGGCUGUGUCUGAGGGCUCUGUGCUUGUCUGUCAGUCAAAUCCUUUAUUUUUUAUUAAAAGUGGGUCUGUUGAGUCUUGCAUGCCAUUUUUCUUAAUACUGUAGUGGUGUCUGAAACCCCAGUUGGCCCUAGGGGCACGGUCAGCAGAGCACAACCUUUUUGAAUAUUCAGAUAUGUUAUGUAGAAUAAACAUGCCUCUGACAUGUAGCAUAAAGACUCAUGUCAGCUCUAUUCAGGACAUUUAUCUGCAAUGUUCCACCACGCUGUGCAACCCCAGGUACUACUAAACCAGCCUCAUCCAAAGACUAACGUGUAAGCUAAAUCCAUGUCAACUUUUAUCCCAACGUCUGAAGAUCAAUAAAGUUAUGGGAUUUGACUACUCCUGGAAGAGCCAUUCAUUUAGUGUGUAAAUGGAGAAUAAUAUCAUUGUGUAAGAACAAGUGUUCUAUUCCCUCAGCCCAAGAUCUCUUUGGAUGUCAAGUUAAGUAAAACAGUCCAUAAUGCCAUUGUGUUGCACAGUAAAAAAGUUUAACUUUAGAAUUAAAUAUCAUAUUUGUAAAACAAUGAGAACAAAAAACAAUAAAACGAUUAAGAUUUA